AUGACUACUAUAGAGUAUGAUCUUGAUCACUCAGGAGGGCUCAUGGAGCAAAUCCAAAGUCUCGUUGCUCCACCUGUCAGUGAUGAAAGGAGGAGGAGAAGAGAUAGAGUAAGGGAACAUAGAAGACAUGGUCGAGCUAUUAACCACGAUUCUUGUGAUAGUUGUAAAGAAGGUGGUGAUUUACUUUGUUGUGAUCGAUGUCCAGCUUCUUUUCAUCUUCAAUGCCAUGAUCCACCAUUAGAAGAAGACGAGUUACCACCAGGAGAAUGGUUAUGUCAUAGAUGUCAACUAUCUCCAGAGAGCAAAGAUGAUGAAACUGCUUCUAAUUGUUCUAAUGCAUCCUCAAGAUCUUCAAAAUCAUCCACCAAAAACCGUUUAAAAAGGCAAUAUUCUGAAGAGGAUACUUCACCUAUAUUUACAGAAAAUGAGCAUCCAUUAUUAUCACUAGCUAAAGCUGCCAGAUUAAUGAACCCUGUACAGUUUGAACUACCUAAAGAUAUAGCAUGUACCAUACCCUUACCAGGCUCUAGUAAAAGAAGGGUAUCAACCCGAGGACCCCAGAAGAAAGUUCCUCAUGAACUAGAUAAUGGUAUAGUUCCAUUACCUGCCAAGUUAUGUUUUACAUGUAGCAAGAGUUGUAGAGUGGCACCAUUACUUCAGUGUGAUUUCUGUCCAUUGUUAUUUCAUAUGGAUUGUUUAACUCCACCAAUGACAUCAUUUCCUACAGGAAGAUGGAUGUGUCCUAAUCAUGUUGAAAACGUUACUGAUGAAAAGUUAUUGAAGUCAGUAAGUCUAGUAGAAAGAGUUAAAUUGUGGGAUAAAUACUCAGGCCGAAUAGAUCAACAUGCUGUCAAACUCAAAUUUUUACAGAAAAUUCACCAGAAAAAUCCACCUUUUAGAAGGAAGUACACACAUCCUCAAAGAAAAACAAUAGCUGUACCUCAAGCAAUCAUAGAUCAUUAUGAAAGUCCACCGUACUUAUUACCAGCACCUAGGGGUAUAGUGGAUCCAUUUCCCCCAGAUCUCCCCUCCCAGUCUACCACUACCCUUUUAACUAAUAGUAAUAAUAAUAACACUGAUGAAGAUAUACAUGAAGCUACAUUAGAAGAACAAGAAGAGUGGUUAGCUGGUGUGGUAGCAUUACAAACAAGUAUUGCGAAAUUAUUAGCUCAAAAACAAUUACAUAAAUCAUCUGGUGAUCUCAGCAAACCCGAGACACUUCUUACAUCAAAACCUACAGCUUCAGUAGCACCUGUUGUUCAAAAAGACAGUGAAUUCUCAGAUAAUGUGCCAAAUAAAAAAUCGACAGAUAUAUCAGACUGUGAAAAGAUCUUAUUAAAUGGUGCACCUGCUUGUGACAAUCUGUUAAAUGGACCGUACGGUGCUGUGUCUUUAUUAAACAAUUCAAGUUCAGUGAAUGGUGACAUUGACACCACUUCUAGUCCACGAAUCAAAACUGAUCCGGUUAUUAUUCGGACUCGUAGUAAUAGUACGGAUAGUAUAAAAGGAACACUGCCUAACGAGCGAGGAUCGUCAAGUAGUGCUUUAUCAAUACCAACUUCUUCUGGCAAAAACAUCUUAAUCAGUGCUAUCAAUAAAAACAAUAACACAGUUGUCACCAAAGUUGUGCAAAGUUCAAGUCAGGGUAAAGUUGUGUUGCCCUCAAACUUUACAAAUAAAAAUGUUAGUGGUAAUAAUGCUACAUCAAUAUUAUCACCGAGAAGUGGACAAUCUGUUAUUAAAAUACCUUCUACUGGUAAUAAUACUAGGUUAUCAUCUAUAUCAAAUACCGGAACUUCUUCACCUAAAGUUAUUACAGUUAGUGCUUCAUCAUUAGGUAAUAAAGGUGGUAUAACAGGCCGCAGUAAUACAAUGAAAACAAGUAAUAAAGGUGGUAUAACAGGCAGCAGUAAUACAAUGAAAACAAGUAAUAUUAAUAAUAAUAUCACAUCACAACCAGCCAUUAUUAAUUUAAAUAAUAAUUUACAGCAAUGUAUAGACAGUAAUACAGAGUUUGAGUUGAGUAAAAUAGAUGAAAAGCUUGUACAGAUAUUAGCUUGGCAAAGAUUACAACAUUUACUAUCACCUAAACGACUAUCAUCACCAUCUCCUACUAGUUCUAGUAAUUGUAAAGGUGUCUUAAAUACCAUCUUAACAUCAUCAGGUAAUGAAGUAAGAGCUAGAGCUGUUUUAUGUCCUUUAACUGGUAAAGGUCAAGCUGUACCAAUGUCCUUUAGGUCACUCAGUAUAGGAACAGGAGCAGAUAUGGAUGUGUGUUUAGGCCAGUUUGGUUUCUGUAAUUUUAUAUCAUCAAAACAUGCUUGUAUCUUCUAUGAUGAGAUGACGAGGCAUUAUGAAUUACUGAACUACAGUGAACAUGGUACUACAGUUGAUAACGUUCUGUAUUCUUGUGAUUUCUCUGAUAAACCAUCAACCACACCCCAACCAUCCUCUAUGGUGGCUGCUGUACGAGAGGUUAUAGGUCGAGGUCGGAAGAAAAAACAGAAACCCGUUGAAAUUAAACCACCAGUAGAAGAAAAAGAUAAAAUGUCAGCUAAAGCUACAUGUGAGUUUCAUCGUCCAUGUGGUUGUAAAGUGAGUAGUUCCAGUUUAAUAGGUGGUAGUGGUGCAGGCUGGGAAGGUACAGCACUACUUCAUCAUGGCAGCUAUAUAAAAGUGGGGUGUCUUCAGUUUGUCUUUAGUAUUGUUGACCAAGCCACUGAGAGUGUCACUGAGAAAAAAGAACCCAUGUCAUUACUUAAAACUCAUUUAAAAGCAGCACAGUGA